AUGAGCUACCUGGAUGAAGUUCCCUUCCGAACGGCCAGGAGCCUCGAUGGAGACUCGGGAGGAGAAAACACUUUAAUCACCACCCCGGCCAUCGAGCUCCCCGACUGCGCCGACAUCCUCAUGAGCACCGUGCACGACUUCUCGCUGGAAAGGAAAGUGCUUUACUGGGUCGAGGUGGCCUCUCAGCAGCAAACCUCCCGCCAUCGCAUCACCUCCGAAAUCGUCCCCACGGCUCCACCGUGCUGGCUGCUGCUGGUGGACCCUGCUGACAGCUACGGGGGCAGAGCGCGGGACGGGGCGGUGCGACGCUGCGUCAGCCUCAGUGCUGCCGACGACAGCUACGGGCACACCAAGGGUAGAGGUGCCUUGUCCGACACCGAGAGCGAGACCUGGCUCUCAGAGGAGGACGAGUACUCGGAGGACGACGAGUACUCCUCGACCUCCUGGGAAGAGAAUGACAAGGAUGAAAAGCUUUCCAGGAGGAGAAACACUGGGAGAAGUGUGAUUCUGCACCCCAGCUUUUACCAGACUCGGCCAAAGACAUCACCUGGCUUGCUGGAGCCCUCUCCGGAGAAAAACAACCACAAGGCAGCCAUCCCGGACCCAAGCAAGCAGAGAAGAUCCAUGGUGAUAUUUAACAACAUGAAGAACGAGCUGGGAGCGGCCAGGAGGAAGCUGGCAUCUUUGGUGCAUCCUUUGAACAGAGCUGCCACGGAGAAUAGAGGGGUCCAGGUGCCGCAGCCGCUCCCCCAGCGCCCCCACACCAGCCGCAGCAUCAAGUACGGGCCAGCCCCAAACGUGUCCCACCUGGGGGCCUUGGUGCCAGCUCCUCCAGCUGCGCCGAUCCCCCCGAUCAAACGGCAUAAGCCCACGGUGCCGUCCCUCAGCCCCUACGCCUGCCUUCCCCCUGCCUCCACGCCUGCGCGACCUCUCAGUUCCCACAGAUCCCAGCCGGAUUCAGCAGCUGACCUGCUCUCGGCGCUGAGCCAGGAGGAGCGAGACCUCAUCGAGCCCGUGAUAGCCCUGGGCUACCCGACCCGCAAAGCCAUCCUCACCCUCCAGAAGACUGGAAGGCAAAGCUUAAGUCAGUUCCUGAGCUACCUGGGUGCCUGUGACCGGCUGCUGAAGCUGGGCUACGAGGAAGGACAGGUGGAGGAGGCCAUGGAAAUGUUCCAGUACUCGGAGAAAAAGGCAGCUGAGUUCUUGCAUUUGUUAGCUCAGUUCAAUGAUAUGGGCUUCCAGCAAAAUGAAAUCAAGGAAGUUCUCCUGCUUUGUGGGAAUCAGCAGGAGAAGGCGCUGGAAGAGCUCGUGAUGAAAACCCACUGA